UUUUGGGUGAACUGUCCCUUUAAGCGAUCUUCAGAUGUACUGUGCUAUCUGGGAAACGUUUUUGCAGUAACGUUAAUGUUUACUCAAAGUUCUUUAAUAAUGUUCUCAAAACGUUAUUUUCUGAGAAAUUUUAGCUGGUUCAUCUAACGUUUUUUAAAUGUUACUUCUUGUUUCAGAACGUUCAGAGAAAAUGCGAAAGUAACGUUUUCAUAAUGUUUGCAAAAUGAUAAAUGGAACGUUCCCUUAAUGUUCGUAUAACCACGAAAACUGGUUUUAAAUCAUUUUUGAACUUCAUGGGAACGUUAAUUAGCAAAACGUUCCAUAUUUUUGCGGACUGGCAUACAGCUGAUCUCGCAGCAGUGGUGUGAAUGUUAGAUGAUCACUGACUCAUGAUGACUGAUGAUUUCUAAUAUGUUUUCUGUAUUAUCUGUGGCUCCCAGCAUCAGUGUUUGUGCAGGGAGCGCGCAUGCGCGUGUUCACCGGGACGCGCAGCUCGAGAUUCUUCAGCAUCUGGAGGAAAACAUGCGAGCACUGACAUGCGUGUUCGUCCUGAGAGGACACCCGUGACCCGGUCCGGCUCGGAGGAUGUCCGGGCGCGCGGCGGCGGACGCGGACGGAGGCGUGAAAAAAGUUAAAGUCAAGCGACAGAUCAGGUGCAUCGUGGAGGAUCUCGAGAACAUCUUGGGAGACCUGAAGGAUGUGGCAAAGGAACUCAAAGAGGUGGUUGAGGAGAUCGACUGCUUGACCUCUGACCUCCGUCUGGAGGAGGGUCUGAUGGAGAGCUCCAACAGCAGCUCCAGCAGCACCACCACCACGGCCUCCAGCGCUGACCGCGUCAAGAUCUACCCCGAGGAGACGCUCUUCAGACCAUCAGCCAUCCUGAAGAGACCCACGCCGCCGCUCCCUCCCCCCCGCACCACUCUGUCCAGAGCCGAGGAGAUCACGGCCAACGGAGUGCCGGUCAGAGACUCUCUGGCUGAGAAAGGUCACGCGAGCCGCUGUCCUCAGACCACGAGGGAGCGCGUGCGCUUCAGUGAGAAGGUGCAGUAUCACGGCUACUGCCCCGACUGUGACCUGCAGUGUGACGUGGACAGCACGGAUCUGCACUUACACACCGAUGCGAUCGACGGCAAACCCAGCCCCGUCCAUCCAGCACUCGUGCAGAACGGCGGCCUCGCUUUCCCCUCGCAGAAACCACAGAAGACCAUUUUACGCAAGUCCACCAGCACCACUGUUUGACGCAGUCUGAGGCUAAACGAACUUGUAUUUUUGUUUGGAGAGACGCUGUAAGACAGACGGCAGGGCAGUGUUGAACGGUCUCUCAUACUCCGAUCAUCUUCAUCUCAUCACGUGAGCUUCAGCCAGUGCUCGUGCUUCCUGACAGAAAGACCCGGAGAAGCACGGGAUCCUGAUGGAGAUCACAUUAGACGAUCCCAGAGCGUUUGAUAACGUCACCCUUUAAAGAAGAGAAAACCAAAAACUACUGCUAAUCCACCGUAACGGAGUAAUGCAGAUCACGACUCCAGUCCAGCGCUGCCAGAGAAUCAGAAGUCUGUGAAGAACUUCUAUGUUUUUGUAAAGAAAACCUUCAAAUACAAGAAGCAUAUUUUUGAUAUUUUCUAAGAUGAUUUUAAAGAUGUCACACAGUAUAUGACGGAAAAUGUAUUUAUGUACUGAUUAAAAACAUGAAGUCAUCUGCAUCUGAACAUGUCUUUAUUGAAUCACAGAUGAGUCUGAGUUUCAGCUGAGAGAGAAUGAAGGAAGCUGGACACAAGAGGGCGACCUGCACACAUUACUAGAGUUCAACCUGACCUCAGUUAACCAUCACUAGUACUAGUGCUAAAAAGCUUUAGAGCUGAGUGUGUGUUUGUGUCACGGUGAGAACAGCUGUCAACAUCAUCUUCAUAAUGUGUGUAAAUGUGUUUCUCCUGACAGGUGGAGGCAGCAGAGACUCAUGGGAAGCUGCUGACAUGUCAUGAUUAAUCUAGUAUUUAGUCAACCAUCAUUUAAAGUAAUGCUUCUCAACAUUUGACUCAAAGCCCACUCACCAUACACAGCAAUAUUUCAUGGCAUCGUGACUUUUCUAGUCUUAUGUGUCGGGGAAAGCUACUUUUAAAAGUACUGCGUUUACAAUAGUGCGUUACUCCAUGAAAAAAGUAACUAAUUGUGUUUGUUACUUUUUUGGAAAGUAAUGCAUUAUGUUACUUUUGUGUUAUUUUUUGUGCACCUGGGCUGAGCUUGCUGAAUUGUUUUUAACAAAAUAACCCAAAAGUUAUAUUUCUGGCAACUGUAAAGGUUCUUUCACACCAAAAGUGACAUGAAUAAAGCUCCGACUGAAGGAAGAGUCUCUGUCUCUGCACUCAC